CAAAACUUACAACGUGAGCAUACAACAACAAAGUUGCAUGUUUAUUUGGAAUAUUCACAAACAAACAUACAAUUUACCAGCUUACUGGAAUAAUCUUUGCAAAUAAUUCUUAAUUUGCGCGCAAUCCGUGUAACCAAGUGAAGCAUCAUGAGUAUGAGCGACGACGACCGCGACAUAGACAUCGAAAGUGACGAGGAUGGGGACUCGGACACUGGCUUGGGAUCCUCGCGACACACGAACACCGCCAAUUUCACCCAGGCCGAAAAGCGGGCGCACCACAACGCUUUGGAGCGAAGGCGGCGCGAUCACAUCAAGGAGAGCUUCACCAACCUGCGAGAGGCGGUGCCCACACUCAAGGGCGAAAAGGCGAGUCGAGCUCAAAUCCUGAAAAAGACCACCGAAUGCAUACAGACGAUGAGGCGGAAGAUCAGUGAAAACCAGAAAGACAUCGAAGAGAUCAGGAAACAAAACAACAUACUAGCUAAGCAGAUUCGAGCACUGGAGAGUCAAAAUGGGGAUCAGUUCACCGAAUAUCUAAGCGAUGAGGAAGUGGGCAGCGAAGAGGCCGACGACGAUGACCUCGACCAGGACUUCAGUAGAAGCAAUAAAAAGAUGAAGACCUUCCACGCAUAGCCGCUGCUCCAGCCCAAAGUGCUGCUUACAGGCGUGUUCCGGUUUUCAUUUUCACCGACAUUCUGAAUUCUUACAUACAUACGUGGAUAAAGUUGAACUUUGAGUUGUGUU